CUUUUCAAAAAAGAGUCCUGUGGCACCUUAUAGACUAAAGUCAAUACUUUUCAAAACUUUUGAAAGUCAAUUUAAAUUAUAUACAUUUUAAAUUUUUUUAUAUGUUUUUAGAAAUCUAGAUCUGUUAUGUGUUUUGUGUAACUAACAUUAGCCUUAUGUUAUAUUUGCAUUAUCCGAACAAAACAUUUACUUUAUUCAUAUCUCUUUUAUAUAUCUCAUUGGUCCUGACACCCACCUCUAAAUUCGACCCCCUCCCCACAUUUCAGUUCCUGGCGAAACCACUGGCUGGGACAGAACGCCACACCCAGAAGAUGUGUGGGUUACACAGGCACUUCAGUUGUAUGUAUAUGUUGGUUGCUCCAUAUGCCCUUGUAAUGGUGCAAAUCACUGCAGAUCGUUUAGCAGGGGAACACCUAUGCCGUAUCCCUGCACAGGGCUCCUUUCAUCCGCUGUUGGAUCGUUGCAUUGUGGGCAUCAGCACAGCUUCCCAGAGCAUGGACGCAAACACCUGAUGAACAGUUGGCAGAGUCCUAAAGGGUCAACAUGCGUUCUAUGAAAGCUCCCAACACACAUUUCUGGGUCCUCCAAGGAGUCCUCCAGCAAAACCAGGGAAGCUCAGAUUUGAUAUUUUGGGCAUUCCAUGGUAAACACCAGACAGAGCUGCCCCCUUCACCCCAACAGGCCUUCUUCAGGCACCAGAAAGAAGCAAAAAAGGGUACAAACCCACUUUUUUUUUCUUAAUUCAAUAACUAAAACAAACUCCAAACAGAGGAGAUUUGUGAGGAAAUAGUGCAAAUGCUGGUGGCAGAGAACAUUUGCUAUGGCCAAAGUGCUGACAGGAGGAGCUGGGCAUCCGCCCCAUAAUCAACUGAGGUAUCCGGGGAAGUCCUGUGGGAAUACGCAAAGGGACAGGAUUUCCAAAAGUGCUCAGUAUUGGCUUGACUCUGUUCCAGUUUAAGUCAAUGCAAGUUUUACUAUUUCCCUGGGAGCAGAGAGUUAGGUCAAGCGAGAGCACCAGGUCGAUGAAGGUAUUUAGAUUCCUAACUUCCAUAGAAAUCAAUGGGUGUUAGAUGCCUUUGUGGAUCUGGAGCUGAAUGCUUUUGCAGAUCGCAUGCGAGGUGCCUACAUGUAUCUGGGAGGCAGGGAUGUAUGAACCCCUGGGUAGGUGCUGAGCUCUGCUCAGGGAUAGAGGAGGGAUGGCUUGUGUCUCCUGGUGCUGCCAGGAGUCCAUUUGGCCCCCAGCACAGAAUAGAGCAGCACUACCAGCUUUCCUAGCUUGUGACCUGGCUGCAAGAGCCCCCCAGGGAUACCCUGACCACCACCUUCCUGCCUCCAUCCUGGGGACACCUGCAGGAUGGGAGGGCUGCAGCACUGCUAUGUCAAUUGCACUGCCUGAGGAAGCCUGUAGGUUUCCUGUAGAUUUUCUUUGCAUUUCCAUCCAUGCCAGCAGAAAGUGACCACAGUGCACCAAGGAAUCCCUUGUCAGCUUCCAUCUGGCUGCUACCUCCUCUCCUUGCUGCUAGCAGUGCGGACAUGGCGGUUCUGGGCUGUUUGAUAAAUGCAGCCUCUGACACCUGUUCUCCUUCUCUUAGGGAUGCCUACACAAUGGGUCUCUGAGUCGUCCUGAGUGCAAUGAGUUUGUGGUUCUCAGUCCAGUUCCUAGGGGACCCACUUGACUCAAACCACCCUGCGACUGGAAGCAGUUGGCACCCUUGGCUGGCAGCAUUAGCAGCCUGAAAGGAUCAAAGAGGAUGACCCCUCUUGGGGCAGCGUGCGUGCGGUGGGGCAGCUUGCCCUGUUGGUGCCCCUGCUGUACUCAUUCUGCAGUGAGAUGGCCAGGUUGCGGUGUCCAGGAGACUUCUCAACAACGCAAGAGCAGAGUGAAUAAAAUGGCUUCCAACCAAUGGGCUGUGGUGAGCAAAGAUAAUAUUGUAGCCUUCAGAAAACACAUGGAUAAUUAUACAUCUGGGGAGCUGAAGAGGCUGAGCGAGCACUUCCGCCCUGACCUGGUCUACGUCCUUGAGAACGACAUUUUCACUGUGCUGCAGGAACUCACCAGCAGACACAUCAUCACUGCUCAGCAGGCCCAGGAUUACUGUGACUUGGAGAGGAACCACGACUCAGCCCGUGCUGCAGAGAAGCUGGCAGAUGACAUUUUGGCUAUGAACCAGGCUGCAGGGCUGGGUCUCUGGGAGUGUCUGUUUGCUCUGCAAAGCAGGUGGGCUCACCCCAAUCUCCAUGGGAUGCUGGAGGAAAUCAUUCAGAAUGGUCAAAAUCUGUUAAAGGAAAAUCUCCUGAAUGAAAAUGGGCACGCUCUUGAUGCUGAACUGAAAGUUUACCAAAAAAAGCACAAAGAUAAUCUCUGUGACCUGACAUGGAUGAUGAAGGAAAACAGGAGCUCAGAGACAUCGCAGGGACCUCAGCCUCCCUCCAUCUCUAGCCACUAUGUGGAGCUGAAGGUUGUCUCAGAUUGUCACUUCAGGCAGCAGACACACCAGGAGCAUGAGGCCCUGGCAGCGGCUGGGGAGCUGAAUGAAUAUCAUCUCCAGAGGAGAAUGAAGAGUGAGCUGGAGCGCAUCACCCCUGACAGGCUUUUCCGCUGGUGCUUUCGAACCCGCCAUGUCCCCCUGUCUGUGAUGGUGAGCGGAGUAGCCGGCGUGGGCAAGACAACCCUGGUGCAGAAGUUCAUCUUUGACUGGGCAACGGGGAAGCACUACCAGAAAUUUGCCUUUGUUUUCUUCUUCAAGUUCCGAGACCUGAACGCUAUUAUUGAGAAGAGGAGCCUAGAAUCUCUGAUCUGUCAAACAUAUCCACACCUCCGGGACAAGCUCCCUAGAGUCCUGGAAGACCCUGAGAAGUUGCUCUUCAUCUUUGAUGGCUUGGAUGAGAGCAAGACUGAUUUGAAAUUAAACAGAGGUGGAUCCCAGGAGCUGUGUAGGAAUCCAGAGGAUGUGAAGCCAGUUACUGUGAUUGUCACCAGCCUGCUGAAACAGACUCUGCUGAAGGGAUGUUCUGUGCUGCUCACCAGCCGCCCCAGUAAGUUAAGCAGUUUGGAGGCUGGAGUCUUCCAUAGAGUGGCCAGUAUUGUGGGCUUCCUCUCCAAGGAAAGGGAAAGAUACUUUUCCAUGUUCUUUGGAGAUGAGCGAGUCUCCAGGGAGGCCUUCACAUAUGUGAGGGACAGUCAGGUUCUGUACACGUUGUGCUACAACCCGUCUUAUUGCUGGAUCACAUGCACGGCCCUGAAACCCUGCUUCACUGCCAAGGCAGGGAGACCACAGCCUGCACCCAAAACAGUGACCCAGCUCUUUGUCAGCUACGUCACCCAUAUUAUGACCAAUCAUACACAGGAGCGGCCUGAGCCUCAGAGGAUGCGAGAUACAUUGAUAAGUGUCGGAUGGUUGGCUGAAUACGGCAUCACAAACCACAUUCUAGUCUUUGAUCUGAAGUAUUUACAGGAUUUCAAUGUGGAGUUUUCUCCAUUCCUCACUGGCUUCUUGGUGGAGAACCCUCAAACCGAUGACUCUUCCCAGGUGACCUACUCCUUCCUUCACCUCACCAUCCAGGAGUUCUUUGCUGCCCUCGUGCAUUACCUAGAUUACAAGGAGGACAAGUUCAGAGACACAAUGGCUAAAUCCAGGUCAUGUAAGGAAGGUGACUAUGAGAUCUUCUCUCGCUUCCGGGCUGGGCUCUCCCAUCCUGCAACCAAGAUGCCCCUGGAGAGAUAUGUGGGGAAGUUCUCUGCAGAGACAACUCGCAAGGUUAUUGGGUGGCUCAGUGAGAUGAACUAUGAAGAGCUGCAAAGCCCAGAAGAGCCCGAGGGGAAGAGGAGGCUGAUGAACAUAUUCAAUUUGUUUUUUGAAUCCCAGAACAGCCAACUUGUGCAUGAUGUGGUGGGUAAAGCUGCCCAUAUGGACUUCUCUGACUUAUACCUCAUGCCAGUGGAUUGCACAGUCCUUGCUUAUGUGUUGAGUUGCUGUGAAGAAAUACAGCGCCUAACCCUAGAUUCCUGCUUCAUCCAGAGCGAGGGUCUGGAGCGACUCAGAGCUGAGCUGCACAAAGUCAGAGAACUGAGUCUCCUGGAUAACGAUCUGAAGGAUCCUACAAUGAAGGAUAUUUGCAAGGCCCUAGAGCACCAGAACUGUCGGCUAGAGGCUCUGAGCCUAGGGAGGAACGCGUUCACUGAACAGUGCUGUGAAGAACUGGCAUCUGCCCUUGCGGAAAACCGGACCCUCCUGAGUCUCGAACUCAAGAAGAAUAAACUGCGGACAAUGGGCCUUUCUUACCUGUUAAGGGUGUUUGAGUCCCCAGAGUGCAAGAUUCGGAAAUUAGGCCUCCAGGGAACUGGUUUGUCAGAUGAAUCCUGCGGGAGCCUCUGCUCUGCUCUCUCCAAAAACUCCAGCCUCCGUCAUCUAAACCUGAGUGCGAAUAUGUUCACCGAUCGCUGUGCUGAAGAAGUGCAUCUCCUUAUCCUGACGUGCCCCAGCCUCACUGAGAUCAGGCUAGGUUUGAAUGACUUCUCUCCAGAGGUGGAAAAGCAGCUGAAGAACGUGCAGAGAGAAGGGCUGGACAUUCGUUUUUAAAGAACGGGGCUGUUCUGUUCCAUGCUGUGAAAACAGCACUGGAUGCUAGUGAUGCACUAGCGAGGGGGUGAGGGGUGCGAGGGGUGAUAGCUGGAGAUUAAAGCACACUGCAUAAGACAUAUAGGGGCACAUUGCAAUGAAACUUGGGCCAAACUCCUAUGAUGGAUCUGCUGAGCUGGGGACUACAACUCCCAUCAGUCCCCUCCACACAUCCCUUCCUCCUGGCCAGGUAAGGAAGCGGCAGCCACAUGGCAAGUAAGUGGCUCCAGGGAAACUGAAACAGCAACCGCAUGGCAAGCAGGGAGUUGGAGAGAAGCUGAAUUCAGAAUGGAGUUCCCAGGAACCAUAUGUGUGGAACAGAGCCAUGUGGGACUUAUGGGGGAGCAGCUGCGCUGGGCAGGAACCCAGCACUGAGAGGCCCCAAUGCCAGACAGUAACUGAGCCUGGCCUGGAAACCUACAGGUUCCUAUUUGCUUGGAAUAGAGACUGGACGGGACAGGGCACCCCAAGCACAAGGCAGGACAAGCCCUGACUCUCGACUGGACUGCCCUAGGGGCCCAAACAUUUACUGCUAUCGCUCUGUUUGAACUGUAAUUGUUUAAGCCUCUGUAUCUACAGUAUCUCCACCUUUCCUUUGCUGCUGGCAUUUCUAAAGCAUUUCUGUUCUUGAUAUGAAAAUUAUUGUCCCCUCUGGCUAAGCAGAAGUUGUGCAGAAAAGGCCCUAGGGGGUUACAGUGGACAAGAAGCUGGAUAUGAGUCAACAGUGUGCCCUUGUUGCCAAGAAGGCUAAUGGCAUAUUGGG